GUGGCGCACGGUGCGUCGCGUGCUGCUGCCGGGGGCCCGCGAGCGGCGGCAGCAGCAGCGCGUGUUGAUAAGGGGCCGGCGGUGAGGAGCUCGCAGCAGAGGCGCCUUGACAGAGCGCAAGGAACAAGAUUGCAAGAAAGGAGAAGGGAACCGACAUUCCUCCCAACCGCAGCAAGGAGUUCUUGCGCAGGUUGCGCACCUAACUUUGACAUCUUAAGGAGCGGAGUAUCCAUCUUCCAGUCACUUUUUUUUUUUUUUUUUACUGCAACUGAUUUUGUGCAGCAAACUUUGGCUUUUCGCAAACUGCAUCUACACUAAGACCAACACCGGGGUAAAUGCCCCACGAUGAACAGCGGGGCUAUAGGAACAACCAUGCAACCAACAGCCCACGCGGUUUGCAAAAGUUACUCGCUGCACAGUUGCAAUAGCAGCAGCGGCUCCUUGGGGAUCAAGGUGCAGGCAGGACAGAGCGCGGGCUCCUCUUCGUCCGGGAUGCCCCAGCAAUGGGGCGCUGCUACGGGCUGUCCCGGCCAAGUUCAGCCGUCUAACUCGGCCACGCGCUGCAGAGGCUCCAAGCGGCGCUCGAGCUCGCCAGAGCUGCUGCGCUGCAAGAGACGCUUAGCAUUCCCGGGCCUGACAGCGCAGCAAGGCGGCGGUGCGGCCGCUGUGGCUCGGCGCAACGAGCGGGAGAGGAACCGCGUCAAGUUGGUGAACCUGGGCUUCCAGACCUUGCGCCAGCACGUGCCCAACGGCGCCGCCGCCAAGAAGAUGAGCAAAGUGGAGACCCUCCGCUCCGCCGUGGAAUACAUUCGAGCCCUGCAACAGCUGCUGGACGAGCACGACGCCGUCAGCGCCGCCUUCCAGGACGGUCUCCUGCCGCCUGCCCGUGACGCCGUCUCCGCCGCCUGCGCAGGCAGCAGCUCCAGUUCGUAUUCCUCCGCCACGCCCUUUUUUGCCGGCCGCGAAGGCAGUUCUGUGCCAGGCUCCCCGCACCCGGCUUAUUCUGCGGACGAGAGUGGCUACGAGGGGGCGCUCAGCCCGGAGGAACAGGAGCUGCUCGAUUUCACCAGUUGGUUCGGGAGCUGCUGAGCUGCAAGGCAGUACUGAAGCAACACUGUGUAGAACCUCAGUACCUCAUUGUCCCAGGCUCCGUCCAAUGCAGCAGAAGAGCAACAGGAACUUCUAAUUUAGCAUGCACCUACUCUCUUCAAGCCUCAUUGCAAAGGAUGUUGGAUAGUCAGAUCGUUCUAACCACGUUCUUUCAGUGUUCGUUUAUGAAACAAAAGACUGGUGGUUUUGAUUCUUUUUCUUUUUUUAAAAAGUGCAAUUAUGUAAAUAGAUUCUAGGGGCCAAAGUUUUUAUCUGCUGUUGUACAGCAGUUUAUGGUGCCCUCUGACUCUUGAACAACCAAUGAAAAGGCUUUUUCUCUGAAUCUAGUGGCAGAUGGAGAUCUGUUGGGCUUCCAACAUAAUGUCUGUCUACUUUUUAUACGGGCAGGGGUGAAAUAAUUAAAACUUGAUGCUUCCUUUUUCUGAAUGGGAAGGGGACUAUUUGAACGUCAAAAGUAGACUUUAUUUGUGUAACUUGAGCUGCCUGUGGGAACACUUAAUAUGAAGACUUAUUUUUGUGCAAAAAAAAAAAACAACCUUUA